AGGAAGUACUACUGUCAGAAUGAUGGAUGGGGUUGUGUUUGGCUCUGCCUCAGAGGAAGAACUUCAUCUGACAAGAAGGCUGUUUUGGGGGAUAUUCAGUGCUCUUGCCAAAAAAUCUUACGAUGCAGACCUAUUCAAACUGGCCCUGAGUUGUCUCAGUGCAGUUGCUGGGGCCAUUCCUCCUGACCACCUUGACCCGAGCUGCACAGGAGGACAAGAGAGACACUCGGCGAUGGAUUCAGAGAGACGGUUUUGUCCUCGACCUCUGGACACCUCAAAAGGGUGCUCAGGCUCGAGGGCAGAUUAACAGGGUUGAGAAAGUUCCCCUUGAGCGACA